AUUUAUUAGAAGAGUUAACGGUAAGAUUUGUAGUACUAGCAGAGUUAACGGUAUCAUCUUGUGCGUCAACUGUCCAUGGCGAAAAACAACAGAUUAUCGCAGCACAAGCCACAAAUUCUAGGUUCGAAAAACUGCUUCGUCGUUGA